UUUCCUGUAGAUAAAUCUUCUUUGCAUUUAAUUUGCUCGUCUAUUGUUUAAUAGCCAUAAUAUCAAAAAACCUAUGAUAUGAGUUUUCCAAAAGCCAUGGACUUUCAUAAGAUUUGUAGAACAUGUUUGGGUGAACGAGAACAACUUAGAGUAAUUGUUGAUAACAAAAUUUCUCAUAUGUUAGAAACCUGUUUUGAUAUACAGGUUAAAAAGGAUGACAAGUUACCACAAAAGUUGUGUAUUUUGUGCUUCAGAUUCAUUACAAAGUUCUACACCUUUAAAAAGAAAGUUGAGCGUUAUAACAGAAUUCUAAAAAAUCAAUUGACAGUAAGAAAUCAAGAAUAUGAUCUUAUAAAUAAAUUUGAGGAUGCAAGUGAUGAUGAUGCUCCAUUAAGUAAUCUGUUAAAAGAUGAUUUAAGAGAAUGCACUAAAGAUUUGGAUAGUGGACCACCACCUCUUAUACCAUUGCAAAAUAAAGUACAAGUUUUUAAGCAUGGUUUACACUUGAAUACAAGUGUAUUAAAGGAGGCUCCACCAUUGGUUCCAAUUAAACAGAAAUUGGUUCCAAAUGAAAUUGAAAAAUUGGCUCCUGCAAAUAUCAAAUUGGAAUGUACAUUGUGUGGAGAUGAAUUCAAUUCAGUUGUUACAUUAAAGGAGCACAGAAAAUCUCAAUGCCAAUCAGACGUUCUUCAGUGCAAUGUAUGCAAGAAAGAAUUCAAGGAACGUAAAAAAUUGAUUGGUCAUUUAAAAGGGCACAUGAUUCGCAAAGAAUAUAUGUGCAAAAUAUGCGGAAAACGUUAUCCUAAUCCCUCCACUUUCAAAGUGCACAUGCGGACACAUACCGGAGAACGUCCUUUCAAAUGCCAAAUAUGCAAUAAGGGAUUUGUCCGUUGGGCUGGCGUUGUUGGCCAUAUGAAGACCCACACGUCUCACAAACCCUACAAAUGCAAUACUUGCGAUAAAGCAUUUAAAAUAGCUUCUAAUCUGGAAAGACAUAAGGUUCUUCAUUCCGGGAGUCUCCCAUUUUGUUGUAAUUUUUGUGGCAAAACUUUCAGUCAGUCAGAUAACUUGCAGUUGCAUAUUCGAACGUGUCACACGUUCGAAAAACCCUUUUUGUGCAAUGAAUGCGGCAAAGGUUUUGCUAGCUCUUCUAGUCUCAAUCGUCACAUGUGGGUGCAUUCUGGAUAUAAACCAUAUUCUUGCGACAAAUGUCCAAAAACAUAUUCUAAUUCGAAUGAUUUCAAGAUACAUCUUCGAUCCCAUUACGGAGGGUUCAGCGAUGAAGAGAAGCCGCACGUUUGCACCAUUUGCAACAUGAGAUUCCUACACGCUUGUCGCCUCACUAAACACAUGAAAAUACACGACAAAAAACAAUGCUUUAAAUGCAACAAAUUCUAUAGAAACGAAGUUGCUCUUACCAAACAUAUAGAACAGAAACAUUAACAACAGUAUAUUAACAAGUAAAUUGAAUUUAAACCCAAUGCAAUUUAAGUUAUAUCAUACCAAAUCUUGUUAAAACUAUUGAGUGUGCAUGUUUCCUAUCAAAUACAUAGCUAUGCUGUAAAAUGAUGACAAUAAGAGCAUUAUAUAUAAAUCUUGAUGUCAUAUAAUCAGUAUGCAAUAGUCAACAGCUGAUCGUAUUAAAUUUUUAAUCAUACAUCAAUAUUAAUAUACAAAGUCUUAUAUUAAAAAAAAGUUUCGUUAUUGUCUGUAGCAAUAUAUUUUUAGGCAUGUAAAAACAUCUAAUGAUGUCAUUAAUAUUUAAACUGUAUUAAUAGUACAUUCACUCAGAUAGUUAUUAGUCUUCGGAAAUAUAAAAAAUGAGAUACUGGUGGAACAAUUAGAUGUAAGGUUAAAAAGUUAUAAUAGUCGUAAAUAUUAAAUAAAGAGAAUAAAAGAUCAA